AUGAAAAACUACAGUGCUGUCAGUGAGUUCAUUCUCCUAGGACUGUCUGCUGACCCUCACAUUCAGGCUGUCCUCUUUGUGCUGUUCCUUCUGAUUUAUCUUCUCACCCUGAUAGGAAACUUCUUGAUGCUGCUGGUGAUCAGGGUUGAUUCCCACCUCCAUACACCCAUGUACUUCUUUUUGAAACAACUGUCCUUCCUGGACCUCUGCCACUCCUCUGUCACAGCUCCGAAAAUGCUGGAGAAUCUACUUUCUAAAAGCAAAACCAUCUUUAUGGAGAGCUGCCUGGCUCAGACCUUCUUUGUGUUUGCCACGGGGGGCACCGAGGCUUGUCUGCUGGCAGUGAUGGCCUAUGACCGCUAUGUAGCCAUCAGCUCCCCUCUGCUCUAUGGCCAGCUGAUGAGUAAUGAGCUCUGUGUUGGGCUGGUGUGGGGCUCCUGGGUUCUGGCCUUUGCGGAUGCGUUCAUCAACAUCCUCCCGGCAGUCAAUUUAGACUUUUGUGAUGGCCAAACUAUUCCCCACUUCAGCUGUGAGCUCUCUUCUCUCUUCCCUCUGUCUUGUUCUGAUAUCUCUACCAACUUCAUACUCCUGCUGGGCUCCUCUGUCUUGCAUUUCUUUGGAACGUUCCUUAUGAUUGUUUCCUCCUAUACCCGCAUUGUCUCCACCAUCCUGAGCAUCAGCUCCACCUCUGGUAGAAGCAAGGCCUUCUCCACAUGCUCCUCCCACCUCACAACUGUGAUCUUGUUCUACGGCUCAGGUUUCAUCAGCUAUCUUUUGCCAACCUCAGGGUCCUCUCUGGAGAUGAUCUUCUCCCUGCAGUACAAUGUGAUCACACCCAUGCUGAAUCCCCUCAUCUACAGCCUGCAGAACAAGGAGGUGGAAGCAGCUGUGGGGAGAAUGUUCAGAAAAUAUUUUUAUCCUCUCAUGUAG